GUUCCGUGUGCGUCGGGCGAAUGCGGCGGACAGUGCGCGAUAUCAAACGUGAAAUAAAUGAACAAAUUGAUUAUUAAUAAGCAACAGGAGCCGAUCUCAAUACCGAUCAGGCACCAUCAGGUAACAGUUAACACAACAACAAUACCAACGUUACGUCGUUUAUUCCAAUGUGAUCUGAAUGUGUUUAUGUGUGUGUGUUUUGUGUGUGUUGUGCACGCUCAAAAAGGAGCUGGCGAUAAGCAGAACGAUUAAACAUUUCAAUAAUUAAAAUAAGUGUAUUUCAUUUCGAUAUUGCAUUCAACGGCAGCUCAAGCAAAUUUAAGCAUGUGCUGAAAUUAAACAAACAACAAGCGAAAGAAAGAAAGAAAAGAAACGCGAGCUCAGUUAACGGUGCUUUAAAGCAAUUCCCUUUUUCACUGCCGCUGCAACGAAAUAAACCAAAAACAACAAAAACAACAACAACAACAAGAGCACAAAGCGAGGUGACAGCUCGAUUAUUUGAUAACGGUAGUUCGAUGAUAUAAACGCAGGAGCAAAAGCAAUAAGCGAAACAGGCAAACACCAACAACAAAAACAAAACGAGGAGAGAGGAGCAAGAGAAAGAGAAACGACAACAACAACAACAAAGUGUGCUGUGUAAACUACGUAGAAAGUUAAAAGCUCGCGCAUUAAUUCCGCUAUAAAUCGAAACAAUUUGCCAUCUGCGUUUUGCAAUUAUAAAAGAAAUUUCAAUUUUCAACCGGAGCGCCCAAUUGGAAACCUCGCACUAAUGCAACUCCGAAUGCAUCCGACUAUGGAUUGCAGCGGCCGUUCAAAUAACAAUAUUGAACGCGAUUCCGAUUUGGGUGACGACUUGUCCCACGGCGAUCGCACGGAUGACGAGAUGCGCGACUGCGAUUCCGUCGACGGUGAACAUCAUCAGCUGAGCGCCAAGGCGGCAAUUGCCGCACGUCUCAGUCACACAGUCGCCGGCGGCGCUGGCCUCAACUUUGCCAGUCCCGAGCAGCAAACAGAUCUACCACUCAGCCAUCAUCAUCAACUGCCGCCGAAUCAUCCGCUUAACGCGCUGGGCAGCUUCAUGGGCAUCGGCGGCCUACACAGCAUUCCAAAUCUCCAGCACAGCGAUGUUCUCGAGAAGCUCAAGAUGCAAGUGCGAGACAUGAAAGUGGGUCUCAUGGAACAGGACUAUGCAGCAGCGGCACAUGCGGCCGCCUUUGGCGCCAAUAUGCUGCCCACAACGAUUAGCACGGCCUUUCCGCUGCCGCACAAUUCGGUGGCAGCGGCCGCGGCAGCUGCAUCCUUUGGCCAUGCGGCCAAUGUGUCCGUGCCGCCCGCCGCCAGCAACGGCGCCAGCUACAAUGGUGCAACUCUUGGCACAGGAUCAGCUGCAGCAAUGGGCAGCGCCGGCGCCGGCAACAAUAAUGGAGUUAGCAGCGGCACAGGUGGAGGCAGCGCCGUUAACAACAACAACAACGGCAGCAGCAGCAACAACACGAAUGCGGCAGGCAAUGCUGGUGGCAACAACAACAGCAACAACAACAACAGCAACAACGGCAGCAACAACAACAAUGCCGGCAAUGGGCAUCCCUUCUCGUUUGCAUCGCCGACAGCGCCGAGCGCCAAAGAAGCGCGCCACUUUGCAGCUAAUUCCGCAUCAAAUUCAUCGACGUCCAGCGAGGCAUCCAAUUCAUCGCAGCAGAAUAAUGGCUGGAGCUUUGAAGAGCAGUACAAACAAGUCAGACAGCUCUAUGAAAUCAAUGAUGAUCCCAAGCGCAAGGAGUUUCUCGAUGAUUUGUUCUCGUUUAUGCAAAAGCGCGGCACGCCCAUCAAUCGGCUGCCCAUAAUGGCCAAAUCGGUGCUGGAUCUGUAUGAGCUAUACAAUCUGGUGAUAGCCCGCGGCGGCCUUGUCGAUGUCAUCAACAAGAAGCUCUGGCAGGAGAUAAUCAAGGGGCUGCAUCUGCCGUCGAGCAUCACCAGUGCCGCCUUCACGCUGCGCACACAAUACAUGAAGUAUCUGUACCCUUACGAGUGCGAGAAGAAGAACCUGAGCACACCCGCCGAGCUGCAGGCGGCCAUUGAUGGCAAUCGGCGCGAAGGACGCCGCUCCAGCUACGGCCAAUACGAGGCCAUGCACAACCAGAUGCCGCUGACGCCCAUUUCGCGACCCCCGCUGCCGGGUGGCAUGCAACAGAUGUCACCCUUGGCGCUGGUCACACACGCCGCAGCGGCCAACAAUCAGCAGGCGCAGGCAGCGGCGGCCGCCGCAGCCGCGCACCGCCGUCUGAUGGGCGGUCCGCCAUUUGGCCAGAUGCCCAAUCUGGUCACACAGGAGAUUGAGAAUCGCAUGAUGGAGUAUCUGCAGCUGAUACAGGCCAAGAAGGAGCAGAGCGCGCCAGUGCUGCCACACAACCAUCAGCAGCAGCAGCAGCAGCAACAGUCGCUGCAUCAUCACCAACAACAACAACAACAACAACAGCAGCAGCAGCAACGGCAGCGCUCACAAAGUCCCGAGCUGAGCACGCGCGAUGCGCUGAGUGCACAGGUGGCGCUUUGGCAUAUGUACCACAAUAGCAGUCCAACCGGUUCGGCGCACACCUCACCACAGCAACGCGAAGCUCUGAACCUCUCGGACUCGCCGCCAACUCUCAAUCUGAACCACAUAAAACGUGAACGCGAACGCGAUCCGACGCCUGAGCCGGCGGAUCAGGAGGAUGCACCGCAUCAGCCGCCGCCGGCGAAACGGGUGGGCAGCGGCCUGAUGCCGCCCGGUUUCCCGGCAAACUUUUACUUGAAUCCACACAACAUGGCCGCCGUAGCUGCCGCCGCGGGCUUCCACCACCAACAGGCCAACAGCAACAGCCACCAUCAGCUGCAUCAGCAGCACCAGCAACUGCAGCAGCAACAGCAGCAGGAUGCCGCGUCUGACGGCGAGCCAGAGGAUGACUAUGCCAAUGCGGAGCACAAUACCACCGGCAAUUCGUCCUCCUUGCACGACGACAGCGAGCCCCAGCAGCUGAACGGGCACCACCACCACCAUCUGCAUCACCACCACCAGCACCACCAUCAUUCGCAUCAUCAGAACCAUCUGGACAAGUCGGAUGACUCGGCCAUUGAGAACUCACCCAGCACUUCCACAACAGCAUCGGCUUCGGGCGGCGGCCAUCGUCACAGCUCGCCGGUGUCCACCAAGAAGAAGAGCAGCGGCAGCAAGGCGCAGUCCAGUUCGAAGGACGGCAGCUGCACAGCUGAAGGGGGCGGCGGCAGCGGCAGUGGUAGCAGCAGCGGGGGCAUAACCGGAGCCGGCGUUAAGCUGAAUCCCCUCGAGACACUCAGCCUGCUGUCGGGCAUGCAGUUUCAAGUGGCACGGAAUGGCACCGGCGCAAACGGCGAACAGCAGCUGAUUGUCAAUCUGGAGCUGAACGGCAUUAAGUACUCGGGUGUGCUGGUGGCCAAUGCAGCAGCCGGGCCCGAGCAGAGCGAGCAGCCGGACACAGAUGCAGACGCCGAGACGCCCACAGCUGCCGAGGAGCCGGCGCACGACGAGGCCGCCCACGAUGCCAGCCAGGAGUGUAGCCAGAACGAGGCAAUCGACGAGGAGGAGGAGGAGGAGGACGACGAGCAUACGCAGCAGCAGCAGCACACGGAGGAUAUUGUGAAUGGCAGCAGUGCGGUCGGUGUGGGCGCGGGUGUGGGUGUGAGUGUGGGCGUUGGGUUGGGCUCGGUGGGCGUGUCCCUGCUAAAAGAUGCGGUGGUCAGCUCGUAAAGGGCAAGUGGUCAAGGAAAAAGUAUACAAAAGAAAAAGGAAUACCAAAGUCAUAUUUUUGAGAAAAAUAAAAAACACACACACACACGCAGCAUCAACCAAUGUAUAUAGACACACACACACACACAGAGAGAGAGAAAGGAGCUAACGAGUCCUGGCUGGAGCUGAAAAUGUUGUUGUGUGCGACGGACGCGAACUCAGCGAGUAAAACAACUCGUCGCGAACAGUACAAAGUAGAGCGAGUAUUGCCGCCAGCGAGUUGUGCACUCGCUGCGUUCGCAGGCGUCUUGGGUUUAGCUGUAAGCAGCGAGCAGCGAGUAGCGAGUAACGAGUAGCGAGCGACGAGCAGCGAGUGAUUCAUGUGUGUGAACUCGUUAGCCUGGCUAAAACAAAAGUGCAUCCCACAUAGCAGUUACACCCAAAACAAACAUAAAACCAUAUACAAAUAUAUAUACACACACAUAUAUAUAUAUAUAUAUAGCUAUAUAUACGCAUAUAUGAUAUAUCGAUUAGUUCUAUUCAUUUUCCACACUUUGCAUAAAAGACAAGCCUGCGAGCAUUGUAUUUAUUUAUAGGCCCUAGUUAUAAGCAGCUGCAACAAUUAUAAACAAAAACAUCAACAACAAAAUAUUACAAUUAUAAUAAUAAUAGAUUUGAUUAGUUGUUAGGGUGCCCAAGGUAACGACACGCCCACCUACACACACACCUACCACCCUCCCACGCCCACACGCCCACACGUCGCCCUGUUUUAGCGAGCAAUUUCAUUAGAUUUGUCGUUUGUUAAAAAAUUCUCUUUGCUCAGUUUAAUUUCUUUUUUAAAUUGUGUUAAGCUGCAAAGCUUGUGUACAUAUCAAUAAUUGCUAUGUAGUAGUAAAUAUCACCCCAUAUAUAUAUAUAUAUAUAUAUAUACAUAUAAAUAUAUAUGUACUUUAUCUUUAUGUAAUUCUAAGUGAAUAUUCACACACACACACACACACUUGCAUUUUGACCACAUGAAUAGCCCAUUAACCUUAAAGCAUAGCAUAUAGACAUAAAUACAAUUAUGAGCCUAAAGCAUAAAGCAUAUAUAGAUACACA